UAGUGCAUGCGCGCUCUCGAUGUGAUGCGCAUAGAAACCAGCGCCAGCGCGUGGCGUGCUGCGAGACGAAUACAGUUCGUAUGAAUGAGCUGCAGUUUCAUCAGUGGGACAGAUACAGGGAUUAUUAUUGUAGUCAGAGUGCCAGAGGUUUAAUACUUACUGGAUUAAGUGCUUUAAUCGCGACAGACUACCAUAGAACAACCGCGUCGGAUAUCUACGUGCUACACGCGGUUACUUCUGAAAUGAUCGUUUAGAAAAACACAGGGGCGAAAUAAUAGAUUAGCUUUAUAUUUGGAGACAGCGGUUUUAUGAACUUACCUUACUUUACAAACUCUCAUAGUUAUAUUUGCUGAGGAAGCGGUCAUUUGGGAAGGUGCGGUGCACCCUGCUGCUGCAUGAGACUGUCCGAAUUAUCAAGAACAAAUCGCAGAAAGUGCUUCAUAUGGGCGAAGCGAGAGCUCGGUUCCCCUCUGGUUGGACAUGGGCUCGUUGUGAAGAAAACGGUGUGUCAGAUGCCGAGCAGGAGAAACGAUGGGCACAACUGUUUGAUCAACUAGAUCGAAAUAAAGAUGGAAGGGUCGAUGUGAAUGAGCUCCGCACUGGAUUACAUGCCAGGGGGAUCAAGCGCAGCGAGGUGGACGAGAUUGUACGUGAGAGUGACAGCAAUGAUGACGGCCAGCUGGACUUUACAGAGUUCACGCAGUAUCUUCGCAAGCAUGAGAAAGACCUGAGGCUCAUGUUCAGCAGCCUGGAUCACAACAAAGAUGGUCACAUAGACGUUGCAGAAAUUCAGCUCUGCUUGCGCAGCCUCGGUGUGAAUGUAUCCACAGAGCAAGCCUCCACAAUACUGCAAAGCAUGGACAGAGACGGCACAAUGACCAUUAACUGGAGCGAGUGGCGGGACCACUUCUUGUUUAACCCUCUGCACAACAUAGAGGACAUCGCCCAUUACUGGAAACACUCUCUGAUGUUGGACAUUGGGGAACAACUGACCGUGCCGGAUGAGUUCUCAGAGAAAGAGAGACGCUCAGGUUUGGUGUGGAGGCAGUUGGCGGCCGGGGCAAUGGCCGGAGCAGUAUCCCGAACAGGAACAGCCCCUCUUGACCGCCUUAAAGUUUUCCUUCAGGUCCAUGGCUCUAGUGGAGUCGGUUUGUUAGGAGGCCUGCAGGGGAUGGUAAAGGAGGGGGGCUUGAGGUCCCUCUGGAGAGGAAACGGGAUUAACGUGCUUAAAAUUGCCCCAGAGACAGCGAUCAAAUUCAUGGCUUAUGAGCAGAUCAAAUGCCUGAUCAGAGGCAGUAAAGAGGGUGGAGCUUUGAGGGUUCAGGAGCGAUUCAUCGCAGGCUCACUGGCAGGAGCAACUGCUCAGACCAUCAUCUACCCUAUGGAGGUGUUAAAGACUCGUCUGACACUGAGAAAGACUAAACAAUAUUCUGGUAUGGCAGACUGUGCCAAGCAGAUACUGUGUAAGGAAGGGGUGCGUGCCUUUUACAAAGGCUAUGUGCCCAACACACUUGGCAUUAUCCCAUAUGCUGGUAUUGAUCUGGCUGUCUAUGAGACUUUAAAAAAUGCUUGGCUACAGCGGUACUGCGUGGGCUCAGCUGACCCUGGGGUUCUGGUGCUGCUUGGAUGUGGCACUGUGUCCAGCACAUGUGGACAGCUGGCCAGUUACCCUCUGGCUCUCAUCCGCACACGCAUGCAGGCCCAGGCCUUAACUGAUGGCGUUCCCCAGCUGACCAUGGUUGGCCAGUUCAAGCAUAUUGUGUCCCACGAAGGCGUUCCCGGACUUUACAGAGGGAUUGCUCCCAAUUUUCUUAAAGUCAUUCCUGCUGUUAGCAUCUCUUAUGUAGUUUAUGAGCAUAUGAAGAAAGCACUGGGAGUUCUGGGAUCAUAAACUAUGACAGAUUCAGAGUACAAAAGGAUGGUGAAACUAAUAAAGCUGGUUUUGUGGUAAAAGAGAUCUAGAGGGAUGUAAGGACGACCCUACAGAAUGCAGUAAGAGGAUUUACAGUGAGUGACCUAAAACUACACUGUACUGUACACAUUCUUCCUUGGGCAAUCUUUAAUAAGAUUGUGUUAAGCCAUCGUCAUUUCUGUUUCUCUGGCAGCUUGGAGAUUUCAGGUUUAUUGAACAUUGUUUAGGCAUAUUUGCUGUUUCUUAUUGGAACACAAAACCUUAACAGCAUUAAAUGGUUAUGGUUUUUUACAGGGAUUUGCCUGAUGUUGAAUUUUAGGCAAUGAACUGAAAUAAAUAUUAGUUAGUUAAAUAUAUAUAUAUUACUUUUGUCACUAUCUGAUGAUAGGAAGUUAUGGGUGGAAUAUCAUUACAGUAUUUUGGAGUGUAAGCUUUUUUUUAAAUGAUAACCAAAGUUCCUCUCAGUAAAUUCACCAAAAUUAGGUGUUUAAUGUGUGCAAUAGAUCACAAUAUAUCUUAAGAAAUUAUUUCUGUCUGACAAUAGUACAUUUUAGGAGGGAUUUUUCUUAUUUUAGAAUGUUUGUUCAGGUCAUUCAGUGAGAGGUAAGCAUAAUAUAUUUAACAUAUUAGUGAUUAAGGGAUUUGCACUUUUCAAAAAUAUUGAAUUUAUAUCUUAAAUGUCUAAACCUAGGUCUAAACUGACUUGGUUAUUGACAUUACUGCUGCUUUGCUGCCAUUUUAGCCUUUUCUAAUAUUUUCUUUCUCAUUGUUAGGGGGCAGUAUAAGAUAGAUGGUUAGUAAAUUAUAAUAUUGCCUUGAACAACAAAAGUAUUAGAAGAACACUGGAGAUUAUUUAGUUUCUUUAAAUUGGGAUACUUUGUGUUUAUAAAAUGUGGUGAAUGUAGAACAAUGCAUUAAAUUAAUUUAUAAAUCUCAAAACAAAGGUGCUCUUAAUACAUACUGCAUGUUAUCAAUGAUGUUCUGCAUGUCAAUGUACUGGUAUUUCCUUUGAGAGAAAUAUGCGAACACUGUUAUAUUUAAAGUAAGCAAACAAGAAAUUUGUGUUUAUGUGAAAUUAGACAUAAUAACAUGUAGGAUAUGUUUUGUUACAAGAAUGUAUGUUUAUCAUAUUCCUGUAUUUAUUGUAGACAUUGCUGAAUGUUAAAAAUACAAAAUUAAAAUAUUCCAAGGAUCUAUAUUUGCACUAUUUUAACUGUUAUUUUAUAAGUUAUAAUAGAGUAUACAUGUUGCAGCUAGCUGCAUCCAAUGAUGAUUUAACUGCCAGAAACCUUUGGGAGAUCUUGGGAAACCUUCUGCUCCAAAACAAAUCCCAAAUUAGGAUGUAAUGAAAAAAGAAAGUGAUUGGAGCAGUACCAUGAUCUAAGCCCAUGACAUUCUUAAAGGACAAACUUACCUUCAAAAGCCUGCAUUUUUAAUUUUGAAUACAACAUAUGGCCUUGAAUAAAAAUACAGUUUGAAUGUAGUUGUGUGGGACAUGAAACCUCUGAAAAUAAUUGCCUUCUUGAAUUGUCACAUUUAGAAAUAUAGUUUCUUUCUUAUUUGCAUUGCAAUAGUGUGCCUUGACAUGCUGUAUCACUUUAAAAGAAGUGCAUGCUACUUCUCAGCUAUUGGCAACAAUUUUUUAACAAUUUACAUAUAAAAAUGUGAUGAUUACUAACAAUUCUGUCCUGUACCUAAAAAGUAAUCUUUUACUGUCAGUUCCUCUUAUAAUUAUUUUCUCAACCGAAACUUGAUGCUCUCAAAAUACUGUUUACGAAGGUCAAAUGUAAGCUUA